GUCUUUUGCCCUUAGUGCAAUGGCAGAGGAGCCAGCAGUGCACAGGCCAAGUUGUAAUGUGUGCUUUCCAGACCCUGACCCUGAUCCUAGCAGCUCAGACAUCAAGGUGGAUGAUGUCACGCGCAUGAACACCACAGCUGUGGGAGCAGUUGUUUAUGUCCGCAGUCCCGAUGACAUCAAACGAGCUUUGGCAAAGGCUCGAAGUGAAGGACGGCGAGUUGCAGUCCGAGGAACGAAACACUCCAUGGGAGGCCAAAGUAUGGCUGCAGACAGCGUUGUUAUCGACAUGACCAAGAUGACACAGAUGCAGUUUGAUAGCGCUUCAGGGACCAUUGUUUGUGAAAGUGGCUGUACUUGGGCUGAUUUGAUUCUGUACUUGAAUCAGUUCGGAAUGUCUCCUCGUACCAUGCAGAGCUACUCAACUUUCUCAGUGGGUGGAACGCUGGCAGUGAACGGCCAUGGCAUCACCACGGAUUUCAGCCUGUCAGAAUGUGUCGAAUCCUUCUGCCUCCUUAAGGCCGACGGCCAAGAAGUGUGUUGCGCGCGCGGGGCUGGUGGAGAAGGCGGCGAUCUCUUCAAGCUGGCGCUUGGGGGGUACGGUCUUUUCGGGAUAAUGUGGCAGGUGACAAUGCGAGUUGAACCGAACAGUCGGAUGGAUAUGGAAGCUUUGCAUUUGAACGCAGAUGAGUUCAUGCGAUAUCAUGCUGCAGCACGAGCAUCGGAGGAUGUUGUUAUGAAGCUCGCGCGGCUCAAUAUUCUUGAGACAGAUAAUAUUGACUUUUUCGUGUUUCGCAGAAGCCAUGAGAAGGACAUUCGCCUGGUCUCAAAAUUGGACCGGAAGCCAAGAGAAAUGUCUUGGCAGUCACGGCUGAUGUACAAGUGGCUGAUGCCCAUCAUGAAGGAGGUUCGCUAUGCCAUUGAAAAGAAGUCGGGUACAGCUCUUGAUUGGGGCAGUGAGACGGAGCGCAAUCAUAUGCUGCAUGAAAGCGCAGUUCCAAUCGCACAGCUCUACGAGCCACUUUUUCAGGUUGACGAUACCUUCUUGCUGCAAGAGUACUUCUGUCCCUGCAGCCAAUUCAAGUCCUGGAUCAGCAGAACCAAGCCAAUUUAAACGGCUGGCUGCAACUACCGAAGUCGUUUUGUUGAACACCACCAUCCGCUUUGUAGAACAGGAUGUGGAUACCUUCCUGCCUUACGCCAAAGAUCAGGAAGGCAUGUUUGCCUUCGUGCUAUACUACCGCCUGCCGCGCACUGCUGCAGCAGACGCAAAGAUGAAAGAGUUCCAUGAUUGGUUUGUAAAAGAGACCCUAGCACUCAAUGGAAGCUUUUAUUUGCCUUACCGCCGUCACUACAGCUUUGAGCAGCUGGAGGCAGCGUACCCGCAGAUCCAGGACUUCUUUGCGAAAAAGGAGGUCUAUGACCCCCUUGGCUUGUUCGACAACUUGUGGUUCAGGCACUACGGCGCGAAAUACCUUUCGGAGCCAUACAAAAUAGCCUUGUCACAGCCAGUUGUUGCCACUUCGUCUCUAGCUCCCAGGAUCACUGAAAUUCGGGUGCCGCAGGUUCCGACUCGGCGUGCCAACGCCUUCCGCGACUUGUUGUCAAACCCUUUGCUGCGGCAGAACUUUAAAGAUGGCUUCUUGACUCAGAUCUUCAAUGUCAUGGAUCAUGAACAGUUGUUUCGAAUGAUUUUGAAGGCUGCACGGGACCCUGAAAAUCGAGAUGAUAUUGAGAUCUACCGUGCUUUGCAGAGGCAAGUGAAUGAGUCCAGCGGCCCCGUGGGAGCUGCUCUGAAAACGUGGAAGCAGCUGAACCAAUUGUCUGCACAGAAAAGUGAAUUGACCAGAGAAGUUUGCUCAAUCGUAUCACACCUUGGGAAGUUCGGACAAUUGCACGAUCUGCUUUCAAUUGGAGAUGCUGGCCGCCUGGUGCUUUCUCUUCGCAGGGCUUUGCACAUGAAGGGACAGUGCUGGGUUGCCCAUGACGCAUUCUCAGAAGACGUGCCGGCAGUGAUGGAGCGUGGUUCUCUUGAUCCAGUUGGCACGCACGUCAGCUGGCAGCUUAUGGAAGCUGGUCCUUUCCUGGAAGUCCCGGAUGCUUCGGUGGAUUUGGUGACCAUGAUGCAAGGUUUGCACCACAUUCCUCAGCAGCACUUGCCAGGUUUCCUGCAAGAGGUGGUCAGGGUACUUCGUCCCGGCGGGCUGUUCCUGUUUCGUGAGCAUGAUGCUUUACCAGCACUGAUGCCCAUGUUGGAGCUGGCCCACAGUGUGUUUAAUGCAGUCAUGGGUGUCACUGACAAGGAAGAAGAAAUGGAACUUCGAGCGUUCAGACCUCUUUCGGAGUGGAGGCAGAUUUUGGAGACCACAGGCUUGGAGGAUUCAAUGCUAUUCGAAAUGGAGCCAUACGAUCCAACCCUUGAUGAGAUGAUCUGCUUCUACAAACCGCCCUUGCAUCUGCCCAGACCUUCAGCCCCGCUAGUGGCUGAUGUGCCUGAUGUGGUUCCCAAUCAGCUGCCAGAGGCUGUGGCUUCCUUUGUGGAGACAGCUCCCAAGGUCUUACUGCGAGGUAUUUUGGAUGCCAUUGAUGGACUGCUGGACACACUUCCUUCUGCAGUAGCCAUCUUCAAGGAGCGGCUGAAAGCCUUCAGCAGUGGACAGCAACUGGUGGCACAAUCCCUGGUGGAUCAAGCAGCGGAACCUGUCCUGAAGAUUUUGGAAAACUUGAGGCCGUUGCUGGCACAGGUAGAUUUCACCAGUCCUGCAGACUCCAGUUUUGCCAAUGUGAUCCCAGCCGAAGCCUUCCUGGUGGUGCCUGCUUUGAUGCAAAAGGUCAAGAAUGGGAAAGCAAGCGCCAAUGAGAUGUUUGCCGCGGCGGUGAUCAAGGACAUCCUAGACACGCUUCAGGGCCAGAAGGCGGAUGGCCCGAAGAAGACAGAAGAGGCAGCCGCAGUGGAAGUGACCAAGCAGGAAGUGGAAACUUUGCUGCGGAAGGUCUUGGAAGAGUUUCCCCAACUUCAGGAGGAGAAUGCUAUAGAGGGCAUGGGAUUCCCUAAGCGAGCCACACAGGUGGUGCUGUCCCGGAUGGGCAAUAUCUCCAAUGUUGGUGAAGUGGCAGAUCUGCUGGCAGCGUAUUUGGAUGAGGAGGCCUGGAUUGAGUUCAGGGCUGCUCUACUGGAAGCCCUUCAUGACAAGGUUCCCCCCAGUGCCGAUGCCAUCUUCAGGCCCAAAACCACAUGGGCACGGGCCUUGACGGCAUUUCUGGGCUCAAGGCAUGUGCAGCCCAGGAGCCAAGCAUUGAUGAUGUGCCAAUAUGUGGGGCUGGAACAGCUACCAGGAAUGUGGCGCACCGCGCAAGCCUUGCGAAGAAGCCAGCAGUCACAGCAGUCGCAUGGAGUAGUGUCACCUGCCCCUAUCAGAAGCCCAGAGGACGCUGAACGAAAGCGUAACCUGCAACGAGCCCUGAACGGUUUGACUCCACCGCUUCGAAGGGUAGAGAUGACAGAAGGGCACCAGCGUGAUAUUUGUGAUGUCGCUGAAGUGGUCUCUGCGUCCUUUGGAUAUUAUUCCAUCACUGCAAGGCCGCACGAUGUCACGGGGCAGGUGCAACAGAUGGUCUCAAAUGGCAAGCUGUGCCUUCGAAACGUCGACCUUUGCAGAGCCUUUGGAGUUGGUGGUGCUGCGGACGGUUUGAGGCGGGUGGCCACAGGGAACACACGGCAACUGGAGAUCCGCUACAGAAGCAACCAGGUGAUGCCGCCAGAGCAUCUCUUGCCACGAAUCACUGCAGUGCUGGAGAGGCUUCGACACAGCGGUUGGACCGAAGAUCGGCAUAGUGAUGACGGGGAGUACACCUGGUACAAACUCAAUGAGUGGAUGCAAGUUGAGAUUCUACAGAUCUUCGGCCAGAGUCUUGAGACUGAGCCUUGGUACAGGUUCCCCUACAUCCAAUUCAUGAAAGUCUACUUUGACGUCUUGUUUCAAGAGUCCAACAUCGUGCAGGAGAAGCUUGGCUUGAAGAAGGCCUUUGGAAGCAUGGCCUUUGUCACCUCCUUGGUACCUGGACUGUUGAUGACCGUCUUAUUUGCCCAGAUGAAGCUGCUGGCCAUUCCGCUGCUCUCCAUGCCACGCUUUGGCUUUGGAGGCUUUGGAGAGAGUUAUGACGAAUCCCGCGCCCGUGAGCAACUGGUGGUCCUCCGUCCAAAGGAUGCACCAAAGGUAGACUGGAAGAACCUGGAUGAGCGGAUUACUGACAUAACAUCUCCAGUGGAAGGUUUGUUCAUCAUGAAGGUACCCACCUUCAAGGCCCUCACCGAUAUUUGCAAGAUCCUUGCCCAAGACGAGAACAUGACAGUGCUCCAGAUCUCUGCCCAGAAACAAGUGCAAGUCAAGGUUUCAGCCAAAGGGAAUGACGCCACUAUCAACAGGGAACUCUCCAGCCUUGCAGGUUGUGAAAUCGUCUCGCGCUUUGCAUAUCCAACAGAUGGUGUGCCAGGGCCAGCUUCAACACAGUGGGCUCUUUGCAUUGAUGUGCCCUACUUGCUUUCAACCAUUCGAGCAUGCGAUCAGCGAGGGAUCUGCGUUGAACAAAUUUAUGAUUUCUACUGUUAGUUAGUUGCUGGUUGCCGGACUAUAGGAGGCUAAGGUGCAGACAGGUUUAGUGCCCUGAGCUUCGGUUCUGGUAGCCGGUCGCCAUUGCCAUUGAGGGAGCGAACGACUUCCCAACCCUUGAGAUCCUACGAGGUUUCUUGUGCAGUUAGAAACUUAGCGUUAUUAGUUAAGCCUCUUGGCUCCUUGCAAAUGCAGAAAGCGGAGCCAUGGAAAACUUGUGUCACAAGUGCCGCGAACAGCGCCGCCGUGCAACAUCGUGCAACCCAAAUAAAGCUGCAAAAG